GAAAACCCACGCGGACUUCCAAGCGCAUAUGUUUUUAUAUAGUGUUUGCACUUCCAGGCCUGGGUGGCAUGGUGGCUCGUUCCGCCAGGGGGCGUUGGCGCUGUGCAGCUGUCGGCUCCGAUGGAGGACGGCCCCGUAGCGCUCUCGGCGUCCUCGCUGCCCGCGUCGCCCGGCACCUACCAGCUGCGGCUCGUGCUGUCGGAGUCCGAAUAUCCUGGCUUUACGGAGGACGCCAGCAGCAAUAUUUUUGUCUACGACUCUGCUUCCUUCCUGAUCGACGAGCCACCCACGGGCGGCUCGUGCCAGGUGUUUCCCAGCUCUGGCAACGCGACCCUAACAAAAUUCACACUGUCCUCCUUGAACUGGCUGGAUGACGACCUCCCGCUGCUCCACUCGUUCUCCAAGUGCAUUGGGGCAAGUCAGCGGCGCACCGGCGGUUGCGACGCUUGGGUGACACUCAGUGCUUACUCUCAGAGCCAGACCAUGCAGAACGUCCUGUUUUCCAGCACUGGAACGAUGACUGUCCGCGCGUUGGCCCAAGACGCACUCGGCUCCUCCGCAGAGGCUACGACCGAGGUGGAGGUCUUCGAGCUGACACAGGUCAUCAACGACGACGAGCUGCUGAGUGUGGUGACCGCGGUGGCCAGUUUCGGCGACCCCUUCACCACCCUGGCGGCCGUGUCGGCGGUGGCAGAGACCUCCGGCGGCGGGAACCAAGAGUUCUCCAGCGCCCUGCUCGAUGCAAUGGGGAACAGCGGCGCCCUCGCGGACGCCUCAACCGAGGCCAUCUCGGCGUCGAGCACGGCGCUUGCCAGCAUCGUGUCGGCGGCGUCGACCGUCUCAACGGCCUCGGACGGAAGCGAGACCACCGCCGCGCCCACGGCGGUGGUCGUGCAGAUGGAGGUCGCGGAGAAGGCGGCGACGGUGGUCACCAGCAUCGCGUCGGCGGCGGCUGGCCUGGACGAGGGCAUGCAGGCGGACACUGCAACCGUACUGAUGAGCUCCGUGGCCACGCUGCUGAACACUGCUACGGCUGCGAUUGCGGACAACGGCACCGCGGCCGCGGGGGGCAACAGCACCUCGGCCCAGGCGCAGAAGCAGAAGGGCCUCAGCGGCCAGCUGCAGCAGGCCGCCGAGGCCAUCGGAGACGCCGUCAUCCAGGCCGCUUCUGCCGGCGAGACGGUGACGCUGAACACGAGCUCUGGCCUGGAGCUCAGCGUGCAGAAGGCGGACAGCGAUCAGCUGGCCGCGGGGGGCGUCAGCAUGGGCGGCUUCACGCUGCCCCCGAUGCCAGAGCUCGCCGCAAGCCGGCGCCUGCAGGCGGGGCGCAGGCUUCCCGGCGGGGCGGGCAUCGGCCUACAGCAGGCGAAGUGGCCGAGCAAUCCGUUCUCCUAUGCUGGCUCCGCCGCGUCGACCACAUCCAGCUCCGGGCAAGCGGUGGAUACGACCAUUCCGUUCGACGGCGUGCGCUCCUUCACUAUCCGGCAGGGCGGUGAGGAGGUGGCCGUCAGCGGCCUGGUGCAGCCCAUCACCAUGCUGCUGCCGCUGUCUGGCGGCAGGAGGCUGAGUCAGAGCCAGGACACCGUCGUGGAGGAGGUGCACGAGUGCAUGUUUUUCAACCAUACGCAGGAUGCCUGGUCAAGCGAGGGCUGCUGGUUGGUGGAAGUCAACGACGACAGCAUCACCUGCAACUGCACUCAUCUCUCCUUUUUCUCGUCUGCCGUCGGCUUCGUAACGUCCGCACUCGGCGAUUUCCUCUGUCCCAACGUCGCUAUUCUCGCUCCGGCAGGGUUCGCGAAUCUGGGCAAGGGCCAGUGGGCGAUGCAGCGCGGAGGGAUCGUUCUCUGGACGCUGUUGGCGAUCCAUUUGGCGAUUACGCUACUGGCCGCCUGGAGGCAGGGAUCCUGGAAGACGAAGCCAAACUUUUUCUUGUAUCAGGACGACUUUAGGUCUUAUAAGAAGAUCACCGUGUUAAGUAAGAUGAUGGAGGCCGGGAAGAAGAGCGGUAAGUCUCGUUGGAAGGUGAUGGUUGUCUUCGCCUCCCAUGCGGGUUUACGGCUGAAGCUGAAUUAUGAUUACGAGGAGUUGUUCCAGAAAGACACUAUUGAAAUCGUUCGGACGCUCGUUUUCUACAAGUUGAUGAUGAUGUGGGUCACGGCCAGCAUGGGCUUCUCCGAGGUAGACCUGCGGUACCUGCGUCACGGCAAUGUGCUCGCGAGAGAGCAACCCGAGGGGGAUGGCCGAAAGAAGAAGCUGCUGGUCAGGGCAGCCAGGGCACAGGAUGAAUAUGGCAGCAACAAAGACGACGACAACGGCGGCUCGCAGUCCGCCUCCCACUGGCUGCCGACCGAGUCGAGGACGUCCACGGAGUCCACGCGGGCCGCCUGGGCUACCAGGCAGGCAGCCCGGUCUCACAGCAUUGGAUGCAUGUAGCACCCCGCCAUUGCGAAC